UGUUUAGGUGUGCAACUAUGAUGAAAACGAGUACGGCGUUUUAGUAUCUCCUCCGCACUCAACGCGAGUCUAUCGACAGCCAGCUGUCGAACAGGCCUUUAUGCUUCUUUUGCUUCUAAUAGCCCUUGGUGAGUUCUUCUCAUCACCAGCACUUCCACUUGCGGAUGCCGCCACACUCAGCGCCACGAAGGACAAUCCUCAAGAGUUUGGAAAAAUUCGUCUUUUUGCGUCUGUCGGAUGGGGAUUGGCUAUGUUCGUUAUGGGAAUUGGUGAGUGUGCAAUUUCAUCCAACUGCCCUUGA